GGUAUUCAGGAGAAAGAAACAAAUACUCAAUCCCUUCUCUCAACCAUGUGGGGAGACGCUCAAGUGAGUGUCGUCAUAGACCAGAGUGUGUGGGGUCCAGUUCUAUAAGUCAAAGCUAGGAUGACAUCGAGGUAGUACUUCACAUCCAAUCAACCUCAAAAAAGCUAUAUACGACAUCACGAUUCUCUUCCUCCUGCUCCUUCUCCUGCUCCUUCUCCCUUUCCAUUUUCUCCACUACCAUCAAAAAUCAUCAAAUAUCCCCUCCAUCUCACCCAUAAAAAUGAACGGCCUCAAACCAGCCAUAUCCUCCAUGUCACUGGGUCGCGCCUGGAUGCAUUCCAUGCCCAACAAACUCUCCGCCGCAUCCAACCACCACAUCCUCGGUCUCGAAAUCUUCUACGAAGAUCUCGAACAUCUCGCACGGACGGAAUCCAACACCGAGACGCCCUCCCCAGAAGCUCUUCUCCACGCUGCUUCCACCAUAAAAGCGCUAUGCGACGCACGAAACAUCACCAUCAUCUCGCUGCAACCAUUUUCCUUCUACGAGGGCUUAAAGGAUAGACAGGCCCACGACGAGAAAAUCGAGAAAAUGAAAUUCUGGCUGCAAAUCGUGAAGAUUCUAGGAACAGAUCUCAUCCAAAUCCCCGCAAACUUCUUACCCGAAGAUAAAUUAACUGACGAUAUGGAAAUCAUCAUUUCGGAUCUACGAGAAGUCGCCGACAUGGGCGCGAAAGAGCAGCCCACCGUGCGCUUUUCCUACGAGAACUUAUGCUGGAGUACAUUUUUCGACACGUGGGAGUCCGGAUGGGAGAUUGUGACGAGAGUCGAUCGAGAGAAUUUCGGGUUUGUUUUGGAUACGUUUAAUAUUGCCGGGAGGGUGUAUGGAGAUCCAGCAUCGAGCGAUGGGAAAACUGAAAAUGCAGAGAGAGCGUUGAAUGAAAGUUUGGAGAGGCUAGCUAAGACGAUUGAUGUGAAGAAGCUUUUUUAUAUCCAAGUGGUUGAUGCGGAGAAAAUGCAAGAGCCGUUAGUCAAGGGCCAUGAAUUUUGGGAUGAUGAUCAACCUGCGCGAAUGAGUUGGAGUAGGAAUGCGAGGUUGUUUGCCGGGGAGAGUGAAAGGGGGGCGUAUUUGCCGGUUGAAAAAGUGACUAGGAUUAUUGUUGAGUGUUUGGGUUAUCAGGGAUGGGUUAGUAUGGAAUUGUUCAAUCGGUCGAUGGCUGAAGAAGGUGAAAAUGUCCCGGAUGAACAUGCUAAGAGAGCGGAGGCUUCUUGGGAGAUAAUUAAGAGUUGGAUCAAGUGGCCGAAAAUUGGUGAGUGAAUGGUGAAGUUCUGGGCAGAAUACAAUCGUUUCUGGAAAUGGUGAGUGUAUUCUAUUUGACGGGUGCUCGCGGUGCUGAAGCAACUCGCAUAACUAUGAUAUUGAACAUAGGCCUAAAUGCAUGAAUAAUUAUAUAAGAUAUACAUAAUAUACAAAACAGCCCACA